GGCCGAGCCGGGCCGGGCGGCGGCGGCAUGGCCGUGUGGACGCGCGCGUCCAAAGCGGGGCUGCUGGAGCUGCUGCUGCGGGAGCGCUGGGUGCGGGUGGCGGCGGAGCUGAGCGGCGAGGCGCUGAGCCUCACGGCGGAGCCCGCCGAGGCGGCGGCGCUCAACGGCGUGGCCAACGGCGCCGAGUGGGGCGGCGCGGAGGCGGCGCCGGCGCCGGUGCCGGCGGGCGUGCGGCGGGUGCGGGUGGUGAAGGCGGAGGCGGGCGGGCUGGGCAUCAGCAUCAAGGGCGGCCGCGAGAACCGCAUGCCCGUGCUCAUCUCCCGCAUCUUCCCGGGGCUGGCGGCGGAGCGGAGCGGGGCGCUGCGCCUCGGCGACGCCAUCCUCGCCGUCAACGGCGUCGACCUCCGCGACGCCACCCACGACCAGGCCGUGCAGGCGCUCAAGCGCGCCGGGAGGGAGGUCGUCCUCGAAGUGAAGUUCAUGCGGGAAGUGACUCCCUACAUUAAGAAGCCGUCGCUGGUGUCGGACCUGCCCUGGGACGGGGCCGCCCCGCAGUCGCCCAGCCUCAGCGGCAGCGAGGACUCCGGCUCCCCCAAGCACCACGGCAGCGCCAAGGACCGCAAGGUGAUCCCGCUGAAGAUGUGCUUCGCCGCCAGGAACCUGAGCAUGCCCGACCUGGAGAACAGGUUGAUCGAGCUGCACUCUCCGGACAGCAGGAACACCCUGAUCUUACGUUGCAAGGACACAGCGACUGCUCACUCCUGGUUUACGGCCCUGCACACCAACAUCAUGGCCCUGCUGCCACAGGUCCUGGCCGAGCUCAAUGCCGUGCUGGGGACCACCAAUGCCACGGGCAGCAGCAAGGAGGUCAAGCACAUCGCGUGGCUGGCAGAGCAGGCCCGCCUGGACGGAGGGAGGCAGCAGUGGCGGCCCAUCCUCAUGGCCGUGACGGAGAAGGACUUGCUGCUCUACGACUGCAUGCCCUGGACCCGGGACGCCUGGGCCUCCCCCUGCCACAGCUACCCGCUCGUCGCGACCAGGCUGGUUCACUCUGGCUCGGGACGCCGCUCUCCCUCCCUCGGCUCGGAGCUCACGUUCGCCACCCGCACGGGCUCUCGCCAGGGCAUCGAGAUGCACGUCUUCCGGGUGGAGACGCACCGGGACCUCUCCUCCUGGACGCGGAUCCUCGUCCAGGGCUGCCACGCCGCCGCCGAGCUGAUAAAGGAGGUGUCUGUGGGCUGCACGCUCAACGGGCAGGAGGUGAAACUCUCCAUCCACUACGAGAGCGGCUUCACCAUCUCCCGGGAGGAGACGGGCGGCAGCGUCCUGUUCCACUACCCCUACGAGAAGCUGAGGAUGUCGGCGGACGACGGCAUCCGGAACCUCUACCUGGACUUCGGCGGCCCCGAAGGGGAGCUGGCGCUGGACCUGCACUCCUGCCCCAAGCCCAUCGUGUUCGUCUUGCACACCUUCCUCUCGGCCAAAGUCACCCGCAUGGGGCUGCUGGCGUAGGCUCAGGGC